AUGAUGUCGUCGUUCAAACGCCAGUUCAAACGAGAUGACUACACUGUGGCCUGGAUAUGUGCACUGCACGAUUCCGAGCUGCUGGCAGCCCGCUGCAUGCUUGACGAGGAGCACAAGCCCAUUCCACAGGACGACACGGACAGGAACAUUUACCACUACGGUUCAAUCAAGGGCCACAAUGUCGUUGUUGCCUGCAUGCCCGCCCAGAAGCCGGGGCCUGUCUCUGCUGCCAGCCUCGUUCAACCAUUACGAUCAAGUUUUCGUAGCUUGAUGUACCACCUUUUUGUCGGCAUAGGCGGAGGUGUGCCGCUCGUGCCCGGAAGAUGCAGACGUGACGUCCGACUCGGCCACGUGGUUGUCGGAUGGCCAGACAAGACCGGCGAGCCUGCAGUGAUCGGAUGGGAUUACGGUUAUCACCAGGAAGUCAACGGCCGUCAGAGCAUCCGCCCGAUCCAGCAAAAACUUUCCCCAGGCGACCAAAUGGUCACUGUUCUCACCAAACUCCUCAACCAUUACGAAUCCGAAGAAACGAGAUUUGACGAGCACCUCCGACGACUCGACAUGUAUGAUGGGUUCGGAUUCCCGGGCCGCAACAACGACAAACUGUACCAAGCCGACUAUGAGUGCGGCAACGGGGACAGGGAGGACCAAUACACCCCAUGCGGAUGUGAAGAAGGCAAGCUCGAGGAACGAGGAGCACCGCCGCCCCCAAAAGCCGGCCUCACCUUUCAUCGCGGCACCAUCCUGUCAGGAAGCUCGUUCGUGGGCAGUGCCCGGUCGCGCGACGCAAUUUGUGACAAAAUCCUCAACGAAUCUCGGACCCCUCUCUGCUUCGAGAUGGAAGCUGCCGGCGUGGUGCGCGGUACCGACGCGCUGAUGAUCCGCGGAAUCUGCGACUACACCGACUCGCACACCAACAAGAUGUGGCAGAGGUACGCGGCAGGAACAGCCGCUGCUUUCGCCCGAGAGCUCGUCCUCCACAUCCCCGAAUCUUCGGGCCGAGCGACUCAGAUGGUGGACCCGUGCUACUUCUUCAACAGCAUCGGUGCGAGGCAUCUGCUUCUUGACCGACCCAUCUGGCACAGAAUGAAAGUGUCUGGCAUGGCCAUCUACGAGCUGAUCUACAAUGACUGCAAAGACCGCCGUGGCAGAGUCACCCUUGAAGCGCUGAAGAAGCGUUUCCCGGAAGAUGCAGCCGAAGAUGUGAGCUGGUGCUGGACUGAGGUGACUCAAGUCUCUGAUCGAACCUUGCUGGUUCUGCAUCACGGGAUGACGCUCGCCGUCAUAUACAUGGUGCACUUGUGCUACUACUGCAACGAGGAUCGGCGAGAUCUCACUAUUCCAUCCGGAAAGGAAGGAAAAGCCAGAAGAGGGAUAAUGCGGCAUUUCGGCGAAUGGGUCAAGUGCAACUGCGAUGACAGAGAGUGUCCAUGCUUGUGGAACUUUGCCAACGAUAGCGGGCUUUGUCGGAAUAUGGUGAACACCUGUCAGGCGGUUCGAUUGCAUUACUUUAACGACGAAAAGCGGGACUACGAUGAAAGGAGGUUUGAAGCGCUUUCCGAGACUUGGGACAAGACCCGAGGAGAUCCGAACCCGGUUUAG